GGGCAUGUGUGAGGAGGAGCAGGGGCCAGCACUGACGAGUGAGAGGAGCUCACUGACCUGAGAUGCCUUCGACUCCAGAGCAGCCCUUUGGGCGGGUGGAGGCAGCGUCCCCUGCCCCGGAGCCCACCUCCUGGCCCCCGCUGCCCUGCGGGCCCUGUAUCCCCAUCAUGCUGGCCCUGGCCUCCAUCGCUGCCCUCUUCCUGGUCGCUACAGCUGUGCUGGCCGAUCGCCUGUUCCGCCGAUCUCUUCAUCCAGCCCCCAGCCACGGCGCCCCCACCCUUGUCUGGCGCCCCGGAGGAGAGUUGUGGAUCGACCCCAUAGGCACCCCAAGAGAACGCUCUGAAGACUGGUAUGGCUGUGCGGUGCCCCUGCUGACUGACAGGGCUCCGGACCCUCCUACCCCUGGGGGCACCUUGGAGGCCCGAGCGACAGCCCCCCCAGCCCCUUUAGCCCCACCCGCGCCCUCAGCCCCACAGUCCCUUCCCAUUUCCUUGGUCCCCCAGGCCCCACCCCGAAGUAGUACCUUCAGGGGAGCCCAGGCCUGGGAAGGGAGGCCCCAUCCCCCAGGCCUGGUGAGCUGGGCUGAAGCUGAGCCGAGGCCAGAGGCCAGUGUGUACUGGGGGAGUCCCCAGGCCCAGAGGCCACGACCAGUAAGCCCUGAUCUUGAGUGGGGCCUCCAGCCUCGGGUCACCCAGGAGCAGAUCUCAGCUUUCUGGAGGCGUGAAGGCCGGACCAGCAUCAGGUUCUGAAUCCCCAGGGCUGGGGGACUGAUCUCUCAAGACCCCUGAGGAAGGCCUGACCUCAGGAGGCUCAAGCCUUGGAACCCGGGUUGAUCCCCGAAGGGAGAACAUCCAGCCUUUCACAUCUGGCUCUCAGUGUCCCUGGAUAUGGGUCUGGGCAGGCUGAGUAUGGACAGAGACGGUGCAAAAGCCCAGAGGUGCGUCUGCUCAGCUGCUUUGGCAGAGAGAACAGAAGCCACAGAGAGCAGACAAGCAGGAAAUAGCUUAAAUGCGACAUCCACCUUCCUUCAGGGUGGGUCUGAGAUGCCGAUAUUGGGGUGCGGGUGCUCUGAACACUGAAGAACAGACCGGUGAUGACAGAGGUCAGUCGUUCUAGCAGGAGCGGAUGGAAGCCACACCCCAGAGCCAUAAAUUUCCCUGUGUUCAGGAAGACGUGAAGGGAGGUCAAGACCAGGCAAAGGGACAUUUCACUAUAAGGAACUGUGGCUUUGACUCCAGCUCACAGCAGGGUGUGUGGCGAGCUGUGCCGAGAGGCCCCUCCUGCCUGCAGCUGGGACCUCGAGCCCAAGGGGGCCAGGGUCCUCAACAGUCCUCUUGAGGCGGGCACGUCUCUGGGGGCUGAUCCCUCUGGGAAGGACCACUGCCCAGGGCACGGCAAUCUGCCCGUCCAGGCGCUGCAGUGAUCCGGAAAGACUUGCCCCACGACAGGCUUACUUCUACGGUUCAGCACUGAGCCUGGAACAGUCCUUGUCUGUGUCAGCUGACAACCCCGGGAAAGGAGCCAGGGUUGGGGGAGCCACGCAGAGUCCCUCUUCUCCAGGCUUGUUUUCCCAAGCUUCAGUGUGACUGUUAGGAUUUUUGUCAUAUUGGAUUACCACCUGUAUGAUGAGUCACUCUGUCUAAUUGUCUUCAAGUUAGAUUAUUAUUUGCUCAAUAAAUUUAUGUUUAAAGGA